ACUCUUAUGAAACAAACUAGUGCAGCGGCAGGGAAGCAGGUACAGAGAGAUUGUGAUCCAUAGACUUCAAGCUGCUACAAGACUCCUCCGUUCAUCCAAACAGUGGGAAGAAAUGCUUCUAUCUUUGGGCUGGACAUACAUAUAACCACCGGGGAGCUUUGACAAGAUUAGAAUGGCCCCAAAUUCCAUUCAUUGGUUCCGAAAGGGCCUCCGUCUACACGACAACCCAGCACUACGAGAGGCAAUUAAAGGGGCAGGCACGGUGCGCUGCGUUUACUUUCUGGACCCAUGGUUCGCAGGAUCCUCCAACGUCGGGGUCAACAGGUGGAGGUUUCUCCUCCAGUGUUUAGAGGACUUGGACGCCAGCCUUCGCAAGCACAACUCCCGCCUUUUUGUCAUCAGGGGCCAACCAGCCAACGUGUUCCCUCGUCUCUUUAAGGAGUGGAAGAUCUCUCGGCUGACCUUUGAGUAUGACUCAGAGCCUUUCGGUAAGGAGAGAGACGCCGCCAUCAAGAAGCUGGCCAUGGAGGCGGGAGUGGAGGUCAACGUCAAGAUAUCACACACGCUCUACGACCUGGACAAGAUCAUCGAGCUGAACGGCGGGCAGCCUCCUCUCACCUACAAGCGUUUCCAGACCCUCAUCAGUCGACUGGAUCCGCCCGAGAUGCCCGUGGAGACGCUGUCCGACUCUCUGAUGGGUCGCUGCGUCACUCCCAUCUCUGACGACCACGGGGACAAGUACGGGGUCCCCUCCCUGGAGGAGCUAGGCUUUGACAUAGAGGGCCUGCCGACAGCUGUGUGGCCGGGAGGAGAGACCGAGGCUCUGACGAGGAUAGAGCGCCAUCUGGAGAGAAAAGCGUGGGUGGCUAAUUUUGAGCGCCCCAGGAUGAAUGCCAACUCGCUGCUGGCCAGCCCGACAGGCCUCAGCCCCUACCUGCGCUUCGGCUGCCUCUCGUGUCGCCUUUUCUACUUCAAGCUCACCGACCUCUACCGCAAGGUGAAGAAGAACAGCUCCCCUCCGCUCUCUUUGUACGGCCAGUUACUGUGGCGGGAGUUCUUCUACACGGCGGCGACCAACAACCCGCGCUUCGACAAGAUGGAGGGCAACCCCAUCUGCGUCCGCAUCCCGUGGGACAAGAACCCCGAAGCGCUCGCCAAGUGGGCCGAAGCCAAAACGGGCUUUCCCUGGAUAGACGCCAUUAUGACUCAGCUGAGGCAGGAGGGCUGGAUCCAUCAUCUGGCCAGGCAUGCAGUGGCCUGCUUCCUCACCAGGGGGGACCUCUGGAUCAGCUGGGAGGAAGGGAUGAAGGUCUUCGAGGAGCUCCUUCUCGACGCAGACUGGAGCGUGAAUGCAGGCAGCUGGAUGUGGCUGUCCUGCAGCUCAUUUUUCCAGCAGUUUUUCCACUGCUACUGCCCCGUGGGCUUCGGCCGGCGCACCGACCCCAACGGGGACUUCAUUAGACGAUACUUACCUAUCCUCCGAGGUUUCCCCGCUAAGUACAUCUACGACCCGUGGAACGCCCCGGAGUCUGUGCAGGCGGCGGCCAAGUGCAUCAUCGGAGUUCACUACCCGAAGCCGAUGGUGCACCACGCAGAGGCGAGCCGGCUCAACAUCGAGAGGAUGAAGCAGAUCUACCAGCAGCUCAGCCGGUACCGGGGACUCGGCCUGCUGGCUUCAGUGCCGUCCACCAAUGGGAACGGGAACGGAGGGAUGAUGGCUUACUCUCCUGGAGAGCAGCAGUCAGGGACCAACAACAACAAUAACAACUCACACAUGCCUGGAGUGUCGGGGAGCUCUGUAGCCACGGGUAAAGGCAACGGGAGCAUCCUCCUCAACUUUGAUAAUGAAGAACAGAGCAGACACAGCAGUGCUGCACAACAGCAGCAACGACUGCAACCUCUCCAACAGCAGCAGCAGCAGCAGCAGCAGCAGCAGCAGCAGCAUGGAUACCACUCAGUGCCAGACGCCAGCCAGACCAUCACCAGCAGCCGACUCUUCCACGAGUUCGCUGUGCCUCAACACCCGGGACUCCUCCUGCACUCCAGAAGCGGCAUCACAGGAAAGCGGGAGCGCGAGUCGGAACGCGAAGGCUCGGGGGAGAAAGAUCCGGCGUCCUGCUCCAUGAACAAGAUGCAGAGGCAGAGUGCACAGACCACGUAGGGUGGAAAUCCAGGAGACCAUCUGGAAUCCACAUUAGAGUCACCAUCUGGAGAAAGAGAGAGAGAGAAAGAGAGAGAGAGAGAGGAAAUCCCAACGUCGCCACCUGUCCUUUAAAACAACCCACAGCUCCACACCUCUUGGAACACACUCUACCUAACACUGCUUUGAUUCCACCGUCAGAAACUUGCAGGGUGCGAACACAAAGGUGAAAAUGUGACUCAGUUUUUUUGACUCUCUCUGGACAAAAACGCAACCUUCAGCUGGAUGGGUUAUUUGUAAAAUAGUAUAAAUAUAUAAAUAUAAAAACAUAUAUUGUUGUCUUAAAAGUGCGACCACCAGUCAGUAUAAACUGUAUAAUCUGAAGCAGCUAUAAAUGUACGUAGUCGUAUGUUUGGAGUUUACAACGCUCAUCCUAACGUCACCACCAGGAGAAUAACAAACACAUUAGUCUCUUUAUGAGGCUGAUGUUUUCAUGUUUUGUUCAUGAAACAUUUGUAAAUAGGCUGAUUUGGAUUUUUAAACAAAGUAGGAACUUUCUAUUUCAACACGCAGAAUGACUCAAACACUUCCUGCUUUGACGGGUUGUUUCAGGGACGUUAUCGAAGUCACUAGAAACCUUGAUGUCACUAGUUUGGGUGUAAAUAUCAUUCCCUUUUAGGCUCUGCAGACUUUCUAACACAGAUGUGAUAACUGGCCUGCUGAUUUUACGGGAACAUCUCUCACUGCCUCUCUAGAACACGAGAAUCAUCUCGAUUCGUAUCGGCAGCUAAAAAACUCUGAUUUGCAGAGUAAAGAGAAAGCAGCAGAUCGUGUAUUUUCCUUCUUAUUGUCAGUGCAGCUGAAGUGUACUCAAACUGCAUCUUUCAUACAAACAUGCAGCUGGGGAAAACUUCAAAAACAUCAGACAGAGCAACAAGUUUUUAAAAUGAUAAAACAUGGAGGAGUCAAACUCAGAAACGACCAGCAAAGAUACGCUCCAGUUUGAGAUGCACCUCCUGGUUUAGGAGUGUUUACAUGUUUACUUUUGUUCCUGGCUCUAAAACUGCCUUUUUUUUAAGAAUGUGGCAUUAUGGGUAAAAGAGUCCUUUUGUAGCUCUUGUUGUUGUUCUUCAUGGAAAGCGCUUUAAAGUGACGUCCGUGAGUCAGAUGUAAACACUGACAUGUAGCUUGACUUAAAGGUGACAUAUCAUGCAAAAUGGACUUCUUAAUGCUUCUCUACCUGAAAUAUGUGUCCCUGGCAUGUCUACAAAACCCCCUGAUUUCUCCACCUUUCUGUAACACCAUCCGGUCUGUAACAGGAAGUCAGAGCUCAGAGCUUAUUCAGCCCAUAGACUGUAUAAAAUACAACUCAACCCCUCCUCUGUUUUUCAUUCUCUGCACACACGUGUGCUAACAAGGAGCUUAGGAGGGAGGCAUGCUAGUUGUAGGCUGUCUUAAUAAACACAAAGGUUGGUUUGACUCCCCACGUCUGCAGAUUUGAAGAUCUAGUGGAGGAUUUUUAUUUUGCAUGAAAAAGUGCUAGCGCUACUUAGCAUAGCCACAUAGCUACAUGUCAAAUACUGACAAAUAAAACAACAAGAAACUCCGCCAGGAUCAGAUUCUGGAUCAGAUUCAGAGGGUUGAAGUAACGUCUAUGUGUCUAUGCAGCCAACAUGUAAACAUUAGAUCAAAGUGCUGGACAGCUGAAGCCACACCCACUUCCUGAGGGGGCGUGGUCAGAGAGCUCAUUCCCAUUUAAAGGCACAGACACAGAAAACAGCCUGUUCUGAGCAGGGCUGGAAAAAGAGGGGUUUACAGGCAGACCAGAAUCUGAUUUCAAAGUGUUUUUUUGAGCAUAAACUUUAAAGACAUGUUUUGGGGACCUCUUAGACCAAUAUAUGUUGAUGAAAAAGAGCAGAAUAUGUCACCUUUAACUUCCUGUUUAUCUGAUUCUGGGAUGGCGUGCGUGAGUCAUAAGCUCAUCCUCCACUUGUUCGCCAGUUUCGGGUGUUUCUCCGUCAUCCUGAGCUAUUUCUCAAUCCAUUGAAUCAUGUUUAGAAACAGAUAACAUCAGCUCUGAUCUAUGUUUUUGUCAAAGUCACGGUGAGCACAUUUCCUGUGAAAUAUCUUUAAAUAGAGUCAGUCACAUUUUCACCUUGGAACCCUCUUGUUUCUGAAAAGUCUCAAAGUCAUCUUCAGCGGGUAAAAAGAAGAGUAAACUGUGGAUUUCUCUGUGGAAAUGAAAAAACAACUUUGAUCCCGUCUUGCUGUGCAACACGUCAGAGACCUGGAAAAACAACAUUGUUGCGGGUAAACCCUCGAGGGUUCGGUGUCGAGGUGAACGUCUGCUGAACACAAGGACAGAACUAAAAGGCAGGCAGGUGGGCUGAGACCUCCUCUCAAAGCUGUACAUUUUUUUAAAGAUUUCUAUUUGUAUAAAAACCAAAAACUUGCUGAAGAAAAAAGGUGGGAGAAAAAAUACGCCGAAGGGACACAACAGACGACGGGCGACAGCAUCCGACUGAUUCUGUCGUGGAAAAACAGAAACCAACAUUCCUCAGAACCUUGUCCCCUCUCUUCAUGAAGGAUUUCUGCUACUGUACAAGGAGUUCAUUUAUGUAGGGAGACGCUCUGCAGCCCUCCUCAGGGGGGCAGAGGAGCGUUUCAAAAUCACGGCAACUUUGACCCAUCGACACUUGAAGUGUCACGAACUGGUCGCCGUACGGUUUGACGGCGGGGGGAGGAUUGUGUAACAGCCUUGGAAGGAUGAUAUUUAGUUUCAACCCCCUCCCUCCGCUGUCACCUCUGCUCCCGGCGAGAGGAAUGCAGUGGAAGUCAACCAGAGAAUGUAUGAAUCCCUCUGUAAAAUACACCCAUGCUGAUGUUAUUACCCCCCUGCUACCCUUCACACACACACACACACACACACACAUGACGCUACACUACAAACAUUUACAUACAAGUUUCACAAGCUGUGUCUGUGAACACUGGGGUCAUAAAAUCACACCAGGUCAUUCACCCUGAUCCGGUUUCGUCCACCUGUUCUCACGCUUUUCAAACCGGUUCCCGAUGAGCAAUUUGAACAUUGGAAGGCAGAGUCACGACACCGAAUUCAUGAGAAACAAGAAAAAGGAGGCGGUAAAAUCUGAAGCUGCUUAACACUCUAAACAAAAAAUAUUCAUGCAUCUAUUUGGAGACUUUAAAAAGUCAGCAGCGUAAACCUGGAAGUCUCAUAUGCAGGUUAAUUUUGUCAAGAGCUCUGCCUCAUUACUCCUUGAAACACAUCACAGGCUGGAUUUAAAAGCUGGUGCACACACUCAUAUGAACACACAGCCUUCUAAAUGUGAGACAGGAGAGGAGAGGUUCAUGCAGGCAGCCUCAAUCUGCAGUGAAACUCAAACAUCCACGAUGCAUUCAUGCACAACUGGCUUUUAAAGCAAUGCAUUUUGGAGUUUAAUCCAAAUUCUCUGCACGAAUGACAAAAUAAGGGCGUCACUUUGUAUUUAUUUCUGCUUUUCUGCCACUAAAUUACACAAAUAAUCACACAACAAUUUGAACAUUGGAAGGCAGAGUCAUGACACCAAAUUCAUGAGAAGCAAGAAAAGGAGGCGGUAAAAUAUGAAGCUGCUUAACACUCUAAACAAAAAAUAUUCAUGCAUCUAUUUGGAGACUUUAAAAAGUCAGCAGCGUAAGCCUGCAAGUCUUUUUUUGUUGCACACACGUCAAGAACUCUGCCUCAUUACUCCUUGAAAUACAACACAGGCUGGAUUUAAAAGCUGGUGCACACACUCAUAUGAACACACAGACUUCUAAAUGUGAGACAGGAGAGGAGAGGUUCAUGCAGGCAGCCUCAAUCUGCAGUGAAACUCAAACAUCCACGAUGCAUUCAUGCACAACUGGCUUUUAAAGCAAUGCAUUUUGGAGUUUAAUCCAAAUUCUCUGCACGAAUGACAAAGUAAGGGCGUCACUUUGUAUUUAUUUCUGCUUUUCUGCCACUAAAUUACACAAAUAAUCACACAACAAUUUGAACAUUGGAAGGCAUAGUCAUGACACCAAAUUCAUGAGAAACAAGAAAAAGGAGGCGGUAAAAUGUGAAGCUGCUUAACACUCUAAACAAAAAAUGUUCAUGCAUCUAUUUGGAGACUUUAAAAAGUCAGCAGCGUAAGCCUGCAAGUCUUGUUUGUUGCACACAUUACAAAAGCUCUGCCUCAUUACUCCUUGAAACACAACACAGGCUGGAUUUCAAAGCUGGAGCACACACUCAUAUGAACACACAGCCUUCUCAAUGUGAGACAGGAGAGGAGAGGUUCAUGCAGGCAGCCUCAAUCUGCAGUGAAACUCAAACAUCCACGAUGCAUUCAUGCACAACUGGCUUUUAAAGCAAUGCAUUUUGGAGUUUAAUCCAAAUUCUCUGCACAAAUGACAAAAUAAGGGCGUCACUUUGUAUUUAUUUCUGCUUUUCUGCCACUAAAUUAUAAAAAUACACACACACCUGACAAUACGUUCAACAUUUGAUGAAAAACCUACUAGACCACAACAUUCAGACUUUCUUCUGGUGUAUAUUUGUGUUCAAAUUUCAAAUUGCAUGCAGAUUGGGGCUGGAUAUUGGAUAUUUGUCCCAUCUGUGGAUCAUCCUGCCCUCAGCUUCAGGAGUAACAUCAGGGGGAGGGGGAGUGGGAGAGUAAAAUAUUGUAGUGCUUCUGUAUUAUAAUUCUGUCUGUUAUCAAGAGGAUUUAAAACAUGUUAGUUUUUGUAACUUUUAUCACUAUGGAGAAAACGAAAAACUAGUUGAACCAAGUUUUUAUUCUCGCUUUAUUUUCGUCUUUGUUUUGUUUUUGUUCUCCUUUCGGUGACGCGAAUGUGAAAACACGCCAUCUAUCAUCUCUGUAAUAUUACCGCUCUGUCUCUCCUUUGUGUUGUGAAAGGCUUUUCAUGUGCUUGAUCAAGUUCAGGACAGGAAAUUAAAAUUGUUACAACUUGAAA